AUGGAGGGGGUGGAAGGGGGCGGAGGGGAGGACGGGAGGGGAAGCGAUCCUGAGUGGCAGUGGUACAUUGUCAACGAUUUCCUGGUCGAACCCACGAUUUUGGAGGACGCGCUGGGUUUCCUACCCGCCUGGAAGGAACCUUGUAUCCUCCUCUAUCGGGACCGAACAAGCACGGCCGCCGCCCACGCGGCCUGGCUCGAGCAGCUCCGGGCCGCCGGCGCGAGGGUGGCUGGGGGUGGAAAGCGGGAAGUUGGCGAGGAAAAAGGAGAGAACGACAGCUCCGCAGAUGCCUCUGGCGCCGGUGGGCUUGCCGUCGGCACCCUUCCUCCCUCCAUCCCCGUCUCCAUCUUCGCCUCCCCGUCCCGCUCCACCGCCACCCCCUUACCCCCAACGUUCACGCCCUUGACCCCGGAAGCAUUGCCUGGACGGGGCGAUUUGGUGGGCAUCGACGCCGAAUUCGUGCAGUUGGAAAUGGAGACCGCGUCCGUGUUGGAAACGGGGGCGAGGGUUGUAUUCAAAGAGGGUCGGCAGGCCUUGGCGCGCCUGUCCCUUCUGGACGUUCGCAGCGAUCAGGUUAUGGUGGACGACUAUGUCCUUCCGUCAGAACCAGUCAUGGAUUAUCUGACGCGGUUUUCGGGCAUCGUGCGGGAGGAUUUGGACCCUUCCCUCUCCCGCCACCACUUGGUGACCGCCCGCACGGCCUACUUGAAGCUUCGGUGCCUGAUUGAUCGGGGCGUGAUAUUGGUUGGUCAUGGGCUUAAAAAAGAUUUUCGGAUCAUCAAUGUGUAUGUGCCGCCGGCGCAAGUGAUCGACACGGUGGAUUUGUGGUGCUUGGAAGGGCAGCGGAAGAUCUCUCUGCGCUUUCUUGCGGCCUAUCUGUUGGGGGAGAGCAUCCAGGGGGAAACGCACGAUUCGAUCGAGGACGCACGGACAGCGGUGCGACUCUACCAGAAAUGGGAAGAGGCAAAGAAAGAAGGGAAACUGGCGCAGGUCUUGAACGGGGUCUACGAAUACGGACGAACGACGGGAUGGAAACUUCAACAGCAAGGGUUUCCGAAAGAGUAG